AUGUCUAUUCAACACAUUUCGUCCAUAUCAAUAUACGAAACACCGUUUCACUUUUAUGUUAUUGGAUCAGAUCCAUCAGAAACCAGGUUCUGCACAUUGAAGAUAGAUCGGCUGAACGAGUCUGAGUUUAUUGUGGGCGAACCGAACCAUGAAUACACUAAAACGGACGUUGGAGAACUUCUGGCAACGAUUUCGUCCAGUUCGAGUAAGAUAUAUGAUUUUCUUUUUUGUGUUUUAGGUAUAAGAGAGCGUUAUCAUUUCAAAAAUUCCGGCUUGCGACUAUUUGUCUAUAUUUUACAUUCAUAAACAAGUUUUGGUGUACACGGUAAAUUUACUUUUAGUUGUGACGCCGUCAGAGAAAUGGAGUACAAGAAGAAACCCGAAUCCAGGUUUGAUAAGGACGCUGGACAAAGCUUUGGGGAUUAUCGGGGCUGUCCGAUUUUUGGAAGGAUACUACUUGUUGGUAGUGACAAAAGCUAAAGUAGCAGCGUCAAUUGGGCAUCAUAUUAUCUACAAAGUAGAAGAUGUGUCUAUGGUCUACUUAUUGGCGUCUGGAGCUCCGAUUAGUGCUGAUGAACAGAGAUACGCAAAACUGUUUCAGGUAGCGUUUUGUUGGCGAAUAAAGUAAAAUUUAUUAAUUUUUUAAGUUAGUGAACACGUAAAAUUGAAUUUUUCAGACAGUAGACAUGACAACAGACUUCUACUUUUCUUAUACUUACGAUCUGAGCAGGAAUCUACAAGAGAAUGUGCUUAAAGUACAAGGUGUUACCUUCAACAAGACGGCGUAUUCUCUAGAAAUGUCAUCAGAGAACAAGUUUGUGUGGAACGAGUAUCUUCUACAGCCAUUUAGGAAAAACGAUGUCAGCAAGAAGUGGACGGUAGAGUUGGUGCAUGGUUAUGUUAACUACCAGAUUGUGGAGUUGCCUUUUGCCAAGUUGACAUUGUCUAUUAUUGCUAGAAGGUCAUCCAGAUAUGCUGGGACACGGUUUUUGAAGAGAGGCACUAACUUUGAAGGUAAAACAGUAUAACAAUAUAGUUUAGGGAAACAAAAUGGUUUUCGAAUAUUGAUAUCGUUUAUUUAAGGUGAUGUAGCCAACGAUGUGGAGACGGAACAACUAGUGUGGGAUAUGAAUUCAAGUCCAUCUUUAGUGACGGGCCGUUUCUCAGGGUUUGUUCAGCGUCGUGGAUCUGUGCCAUUGUUUUGGUCGCAGGAUCCAGCUACUAGAGGUGUUGUGGGUAAGCCACCUAUCUAUAUUGAUCUGGUCGAACCUCAUGGUUUAACCACAGCCGCUCACUUUAAGUAAGUUUACUUUCGAAUUAUAUUUAUUUAUAACACAAUUUGUGAUGCCAAUAUGUAAAAUGUUUUUAGAGAGUUACGGAGAAAGUACUCUCAUCCGAUCAUGGUUAUCAACUUGGUUAAGCGAAGAGAAAAGCGACAUCAUGAAAAUCUACUGCAUGAACAAUUUUUAAAGGUAUGUGUGUUGGCUUUUUAAAUGCAAAUAUUGUUUUAGACAGUAAAGUACUUGAAUGAAUUUCGUAAAAGUGGGAGGAAGAUUGACUACAUCAGCUUUGACGUGGCCAAGUGCAAUAAAAGUGGUCAGGUACUGCCAAGGCUUGAACAACUUGGACUGAAGUCAGUAUUGAGAACUGGAUGGUUUCAGGUAAACUGGAAAGGCUGCUACAACCACUUUUUGUUUACUAAACUAUUAUUUGAUUUUUGUUAUCAUAUUCUUAAAUUAAUUGCCAGACGUAAUGUAGAGUAAUAGUGCUAAAACUUAAUUUGUGAUUAUUGUAAUGUAAUGUUUUAGUCCUUUCCUGAUCUGAUGGGCCACAGCCUUCGUCGUCAUCCUUUGUUGGACUCGUUUGAGCCGCUAUACUGUGAAAAUGGUAAACUGAUGUUACAACAUGGACUGGCAAGGACUAAUUGUGUAGACUGUCUGGACAGAACUAAUGUUGCUCAAUAUGGAAUAGGUAUGCCGUUUUAUCUUUAAAAAGUUGAAACUUGAUGCUUUGGUAAUAAGUAAUGUAGCUUUCUAAUUUAAUUUUGGCAAUUACUUUGUUUAUAAAGAAUUAUUAUGGUCUUUAAAUGAUUUUAAAUGUCAUUUAGGAAGAAUAGCUUUGGGAUUCCAAUUAUAUGGUCUUGGCUAUAUAGACGAACCUUGGAUCUCAGUAAAUGGAGAGUUAUGUCGAGCAUACGAAGACAUGUUGGAUGAACAUGGUGACACUUUAGCUCUACAGUAUGCUGGUUCUCAACUUGUUCAUUCUAUCAAGACCUACAAAAAGACUUCGGCCUUUCAGGAGAGGAGCAGAGAUGUCAUACAGACUAUAUCAAGGUACUACAGUAACACUUUCAACGACUUUGAGAAACAAAAUGGCAUCAAUUUGUAUUUGGGGAAGUACAGGUAA